GGAAGAAGAGAGCGGGGCUGCAGAGAAGGAGAGGUGUGCUGGACGGUGGAUGAUAGGAGGCGUUUACUCUGAGACCUCUUGCAUGACUAACAGCAGAGCUCCGCUGGUGUCUUCAGUCUGUUCCCAGCGUGGACAACUCAUCUGGCUGUGCUCUUCUUGCUGCGGUUACAAGCUAGCCGGUCUGGUUGCGCCUGUGUUGGAAAGUUGUCUUGGAUAGUUAACCUACUAACUGCAGCUGUGUGGCUAACUAUCCCCGUAUAGGUGGUCAGUGAUGAGGAGCCUGUGUGUGUUGGUGUGUGUGUCGGUGGUGUGUGCGCUCUUCCAGCCAGUCACGUGCCAGUUUCCCCGGCUCUGCGCCACCUCCGAGGCCCUGCGUACCAAGCAGUGCUGCCCGAUGUGGGAGGGCGACGGCACCGUGUGCGGGGCCAUCUCCGGGCGGGGCUUCUGCGCGGACGUGGUGGUCUCCGACGAGCCCCACGGGCCCCAGUACCCCCACAGCGGCGUGGACGACCGCGAACGCUGGCCCCUGGCCUUCUACAACCGCACCUGCCGCUGCGCCGGGAACUACGGCGGCGUCAGCUGCGGAGAGUGUCGCUUCGGCUUCGCCGGCCCGGGCUGCUCAGCUCAGGCAGCGUCUGUGAGGCGGAGCGUCAUGGCGAUGUCGACGGCGGAGCAGCAGCGCUUCAUCUCCUACCUCAACCUCGCCAAGAACACGGUGAGCCGGGAUUACGUCAUCGCCACGGGAACGCGGGCGCAGAUGGGCCCCGACGGAGAGACGCCCAUGUUCUCCGAGGUGAACGUGUAUGACCUCUUCGUGUGGAUGCACUACUACGUGUCUCGCGACGCGCUGCUGGGCGGGCCCGGUAACGUGUGGCAGGAUAUCGACUUUGCCCACGAGUCCGCCGCCUUUGCGCCCUGGCACCGGGUGUUCCUGCUGCACUGGGAGAACGAGAUCAGGAAGAUGACGGGCGACUUUAACUUCACCAUCCCUUACUGGGACUGGCGGGACGCGCAGGCCUGCGAUGUGUGCACCAACGCCCUGAUGGGGGGGCGGAGCCCCCUCAACCCCAACCUGAUCAGCCCUGCCUCUGUCUUCUCCUCCUGGAAGGUGAUCUGCACCCAGCCGGAAGACUAUAAUAAUAGGGAGGUGUUGUGUAACACAACAGGGGAGGGGCCACUGUUGCGUAACCCUGGCAACCACGACCCGUCCCGCGUGAACAGACUGCCCACCUCCAGGGACGUUGACACUGUGAUAGGACUUCCCGAGUACGAGACAGGAACCAUGGACCGCAGCGCCGACAUGAGCUUCAGAAACGCCCUGGAGGGGUUUGCCAGCCCAGAGACGGGCAUGGCGGUGACAGGGCAGAGCACCAUGCACAACGCUCUGCACGUCUUCAUGAACGGAUCCAUGUCCUCUGUCCAGGGCUCCGCCAACGACCCCAUCUUCCUGCUGCACCACGCCUUUAUAGACAGUAUCUUUGAGCGUUGGCUGAGGACACACCAGCCCCCUCGUACCCACUACCCACAGACAAACGCUCCUAUUGGCCACAACGACGGAUACUACAUGGUGCCCUUCCUGCCUCUGUACCGCAACGGUGACUACUUCCUGUCUAACAAGGCCCUCGGAUACGAGUACGCCUACCUGCUCGACCCAGGCCAGAGGUUCGUCCAGGAGUUCCUGACCCCCUACCUUCAGCAGGCCCAGCAGAUCUGGCAGUGGCUCCUGGGCGCCGGAAUCCUCGGGGCCCUCAUCGCCGGAAUCAUAGCAACGGCGGUUGUCGUGGUGUUGAGGAGGCGGAGACUGAGCAGGAAGAGGGGUUCGGUGUUUGGGGAGAGACAGCCGCUUCUACACAGCAGCUCAGAGGAGGGAUCGGCGUCCUAUCAGACCACGCUGUAACACACACACGCAUGCACACACACACACGCACACUCAACAAAGACAAUCCAGUCAAAGAUGCCUGUUUUCUGAACUGGGAGGAAUAGGGUGAGAAACACACAUCAUAUCCUGCCUUUCCCCCACCCCCCCACCCCCAGC